AGAUCAUAAAUGAUUAUUUUAUGAAAAAUCUUUAGAAGCUUUCUUUUUAUUUCCGGAACCUGAAGUAUAACGAUGAAGUAUUUAUAAUUUAUUUUAAAUUAUAAUAUAUUAUAAUUUAUUCGAAAAUAAUUGAUUAUUAAAAAAUGUCUACAUUUGCAAUAUAUUUAAAAUGGGCACAUGGUUUAAAUGGACGACACGACAGAAUCGCUAGAGCAACAUUUCGAGGAAAAACAUACACAACAGAUGUAUAUGAGUUUUGUUCUGAUGCAGAUUGGGAGGAGGAGUUUGACUGGCCUGUCACAGGGUCACUUAAACCAAGUGACUUUAUUCUUGUACAAGUUCUCAAUUACAAUAAACUGUUACCAAGCAGGGUGAUAGGAACGUUUCAAAUGUAUUUAAAAAAGAUGCUUAGUGAACCGUGGAUUGCACUCACAGAAAAUCUUGUUGAUUCAAACAGUACAAUAUUGGCAUCAACUCUGGCGCUUGAGUUAAUGUAUGUUGAAGAGCAACCAAGAGAAACCACAUUCCAAUCAUUUCAUCCACCAGAAGAAAAAAUGAGAGUUCUUGAAGACUGGGAACUAGAAUCUCUAAAAUCUAAUAGUCGUAAGAACUCACGAUUUAGUCUUACUAGCAGCAUGAAAAGAAAACUUGGCUCAAUUACCUCAAAAACAAGUAGUAAACGCGCAGCAAUGGAGGCUGAUGCAAUGUUAGUUGAAGGUAACAAUGGUACAAUAAAAAAGAAAGAAAAAGAAAAACCUAAAGUAAAAGAAUCUUUUCACUUACAUCCAAAAGUUCAUAUUAAACUUCCACAACAGCGAAAAGAGUUAGAUGUUAAUGUUGAAAUAAGAGUUAUUGAAGGCAAAAGCUUAGCUGGGACUCAGUUGGAUCCUGUCUGUGACAUUAUAUGCUUUGGAGAAACAAAAUCCACACAAGUAAAAGAGCAAACAAAUACGCCAUACUGGGAUGAGGUUUUUUUUGUUUUUGCUACUGUUAAUCAACUUGAUAUUGCAUUUGAUGAAAUUCUUCAAUUCAUUGUUUAUUCUGGAAGAAAUUUAAUUUCAAAAGGAGCCAUAUUGGGGUCAUUUAAGACUGAUUUGGGCACUGUCUAUUCGCAACCUGAUCACAGGUUCAUUCGCAAGUUUGCUUGUUUGACCCAUCCUGAUGAAACAUUAGGUGCAAGUGGAGCAGGAGUCAAGGGUUAUCUGAAGUUAGAUAUAACAGUAAUGGUAAAAGGAGAUCCUGUCAAGGAACCACCAAGUGUGAAAGAUAGUGACGAUGACGUUGAUUUGAAUCCUUUACUGCCUGAAGGUAUAAAACCAGAAAGAAUGAGGAGUCGUUUUUGUGUGCGAAUUUAUAAAGCUGAAGGCUUGCCAAAAAUGAACUCAGGGAUUUUAGCAAAUAUUAAGAAGCAAUUUACUGGAGAAACUAGGAUUCGUGAUUUGGCCGAUCCUUUUGUUAAGGUAUCAUUUGCAGGUCUUGAGGCAAGAACUUCUGUUAAAAAAAAUUGUUAUGAGCCAGAAUGGAAUGAAGAAAUUGUUUUCUGUGACUUGUUUCCAUCACUAUGUCGCAGAAUAAAAAUUCAGCUCAAAGACCAAGAUUUAACAAAAGAAGAGACUAUAGGGACACUGUGGAUUGAUUUGUCUGAAAUUUCAAAUGAUGGAUGCAAUGUGCAUAAAUUCAAUACCAACACUGGUUUUAUGCCAACAUUUGGACCAUCAUGGGUAAAUCUUUAUGGAUCGACUCGUGAUUAUUGGUUUAUUAAUCAAAAUGAUUUUCUUAAUGAGGGUUUAGGAGAAGGUAUUGGUUAUCGCGGUCGAAUUUUACUUUCAAUUCAAAUGGAGGAGGGAGAAUCAGCAAUGGAUGAAGAAAUUAGCAAUGUAAAUGUUAGGGGAGCUGUUCCUGUGUCUGAUGUUGUUGGUGGAAAAGAAGAAAAGUUUCAACUGUUCUGUUGCAUUCAUGAAGCAAGUAUGAUUGACAGGAAGACUGCAAGCAACCCAAUACGAUUUGAAAUGAAUAUAGGUAAUUAUGGGAAUACAUUUGAUGGAAAGAUGCUAUCAUCUAAAGAAGAUGAUGAUGGAGAAGAUGAUGAUGAUAAGUUUACAAAACCGUUAACUGAUCCUAUGACAGCAGAAACUUUGGAUCGUGAGUAUUAUAACAUGCCCUAUUAUGAAAACAAGCCAUGCAUGCACCUGAGAUUCCCAUGGGAAGACCAUCGAAAGCGUCUCUAUCUUCAAAAUAUUUUACAUAGAUUUAUUCUUGAAAUGGAAGAUUCAUUAGAAGAUACAGGUGAAAGACUUGCAAUUGAUGCAGAUGAUACUUGGGAGUACCUUAAAGAUGCAAUAAAUAAAUUGGUUGAAAACUGCAACAAACUAUUAACACAACUUGGUGGAAAGAUAACUGGUGCAAAACUUGGAAAAAUGAAACUAGAUAAAGAAAGAUUGAAUCUAUGCAUUUCUGAAACAAAACAAGUUAUUGAUGAAUGUAAACAAAUUUUGGAUAAUUUAAAAGACAAUCGUCGCAUCAAUUCAAAUUACAGAUAUGUGCGGUCAUUCAUUGAUCGAUACAAAAAACUAAUGAAAGAGCCUCAAGACGUUUUCCCAGACAUUAUUAUUUGGCUAUUGUCUGGCAAUAAAAGAAUAUGUUAUACACGUAUUCCAGCACAUAAAGUUAUGUACUCGCGUAUUGAACAUGAAAGUGGGGUUGAUGCCGGAAAAGUUCAAACUUAUCUGCUAACUCUUCCAGGAAAAAGUGGUCUUGGUGAGAAUGGAUGGGCAAUAAAGUGCAAAUUAACUUGCUUAGUGUGGCUUGGAAUAUUGAAAACAAAAAAAGAUAUGUUAUUAUAUGCUCCUGAAGGUUUCGAAAUUCCAAAGAACUUAACCAAAACAACAGCUCCUCCUCCAUUAGAAAUUCGUUAUACUGUUUUUCAAAAGUUUUCAUUGCGUGCUCACAUGUAUCAAGCAAGAGGAUUAAUAGGAAGUGAUGACACUGGUCUUUCAGAUGCAUUUGGUCGUGUGAUUUUAAGUAAUCAGGCUGCUGACACAAGUGUUAUAUGGGAAACAAGGAGCCCAACAUGGAAUCAAACUCUAGUUUUUAAUGAUCUUGUUAUUUAUGGUGAAAUGGAUUUUAUUGUACAAAACCCACCAACCAUUAUGGCAGAAAUAUUUGACUAUGAUGAGGGGGGCGAUAUUGAAUUCAUUGGUCGGGCUAUGUGUCGGCCUUUAGUAAAACAAAUUUCUGAUCCCUAUGAUAAACCGUUUUUUCCACCGAGACUUGAAUGGUUUCAGAUUUACAGAGGGGAUAGUGAAGCUGGAGAGUUACUUGCUGCUUUCGAACUUUUUCAGUUAUCAGAAAAUGAGGACGACAAUGCUAACCUUCCUUCACAACCAAUUGAAGUUGAAGAUGAAGUUAAUGGUGGAAAUUUUUUUCUUGUGCCAGAGAAUAUUAGACCUGUCAUGUGUCCGCACAGAAUUGAGUGUUUAUUUUGGGGUGUACGAGAAUUAAAAUCUAUAAACUUUCAAGCUGUUGAGAGACCGCAAGUUGAAUUUGAAUGUGUCAGUGUAUCUUUAAAAUCUCCAGUUAUUGUUUCAGCAAAAAAGAACCCAAAUUUUACAGAACCAUGGGGAUACUUUGAUUUGGAUCUUCCAGAGGAAGCAGUUUACUGUCCUCCACUUACAAUAUCACUUCGAGAAAUGCGAAUGUUUGGAAAUGAGAUACUAGUUGGAACAAGUAUUAUUAAUUCACUACUUGGAUAUAUGCAUGACAGUUCUGCUUACAUGGAUGAAGUUACUGGCGAAGACGAAGAAAAAAAAGACGAAAAUCCUGAUGGCAAUCCAGAGACUACAGAGGAUGCACAAAAUGAGGAAAUAAAAAAUGAAACUAGUGCUUCCUUAGCAGGAUCUAAAAAGUUGAAUGCUGGUGAAGAAAAAGUUAAAACACCAUCUAUUGCCCCUAGUAAAUCUGUCUCAUUUGCUCCUGGUUCAAAGAAAGGAUCGCCUGUCCAUUCACUUGCAGCAUCAAAGUUGAUGUCAAAUAAAUCAAUCUCUCCAAAAAAUGAAAAGCUUUUUUCUCCUAAAGGUUAUUCUCCUUUAGCAACUGUGGAAAUGUCUUUAAAUCAACGUCGCAAAAGUGUUUCUUCAUCACAGGGAGCAGCCCUCACUAAAAAAGUGAGUUCUCGUCGUGUUUCAAAUGCAUCUAAGCAAUCAAGCCAAAUUCAUUAUCAUAUAAUUUCUAAUCCAGGAACAAUAGAUAAAAUUCCUUUGAAGAAAAUAUUUACUCCUAGAAAAACCCCUCAACGUUCUCAGCCUACAUCUAAAAAUUUGGAAAAAGAAAACACUGAGUCAAAUAUAAAUGUCACUCCAUUUAAACAGCUAAUCAGUAAGCCAGCUACUCCUUUAAAAUAUACAAAAGAAUCAGUUCCUUUGUUACACGAUAUCUCAGAAGAAGCCCAAAAAUCACCUGGUCAAAAAUUGAUGCAACAAAUAGCAACUCCAUUAAAAAGUAUUGGUAACAAAAUAGUAACUCCCUUACAAAAAUCCAAAGACGACCAAAAUCAAAGUCCAACUCAAGGAACACCAAGCAGUAAACUAGUUGAAAUAGAAGAAGAAACAAAUGUUGAUGAUGCAGAAUUAAAAAUUGGUGCUGAGGCUUCUGAUUUUGUAGACCCUUCCAUUGCUAGAAACGAAGAGGAAGAUGGAGAAGAAGAAAGGGAGGUUAUAGAGCUUGACACUUUACUGGAAGGCAAAGUGUCUGAUGAACCUGGUCCAGAGAAUGUUGGAGAUCCUCCUGCUGCAGAUGCUGCGCCACAGCCAGCUACAAUUCCUCUUCCACCACCAGUAACUGAUGCCAAUGAUGAGGAAAAAGAAGAUGAUGAUGAUAAUGCUGUUGAGAUGAAAGUUAUUAUGGUUGGUGAAGAUGAACUUAAAGCAGAAGAAGAGGCAGAAGCUGCAGAAAAAGAAGAGGAAAAGGAAGAGGAAGCAGUAGAUGAAGAAAAAGAAGAAGUAGAAAAUGAGGACCAAAUAGAUUGGUGGGCAAGGUUUUAUGAAACUGUUAAAGAUGAAGAGCGUCUACAAGAAGCUAUUGCUGCUGCAAAAAAGAAAAAAAAACUAGCUGAAGCAAAAAAAGGAAAAAAGACUGUAAUAUUAGAAUCUGAAGAUGGUGAAGAAAAUAUUGAAGAUCUUGAUUUAGGGAAGAAAAAAAUUAUAAAUCCAAAAAUUAUUAGGUUAAAGAUAUAUAAAACAGAGUUAGAGGAGGUUCCAAAUUUAGAUGGUCUAUGUGAUGUACUUCAAUCUUGGGUUUUAUUAAGGGGUAAAAGUAAUGGAAAUGAUGAUGACGAUGAAAGCAGAAUUUAUGGAAAGUUUAAGGGAGCUAUAAAGGUGUGGAAGUUUCCUCUACCUUCAUUUUUUUACAACGAAAAUAACACUUUAGGUUCAUUCAAGCGUCUUCCAAGCAUGGAUCCAAUUAAUGUUUUAUGUCGCAUUUAUAUUGUCAAGGCCAUUGACUUGAAACCAACUGAUAUGGAUGGAAAGGCUGACCCUUAUGUUAAGGUAGCUGUUGGAAAGCAUGUAGUAAAAGACCGAGAUAACUAUGUACCCAAACAACUUAAUCCAACAAUUGGAAGAACGUUUGAUUUCGAGGUGACUUUGCCGCAUGACAAUAUGUUGGUGGUCUCUAUAUAUGAUUACGACUUGGUUGGCUCAGAUGAUUUGAUUGGCGAAACAAAAAUUGAUAUUGAAAACAGAUUUUUUUCAAAACAUCGUGCCAUUUGUGGAUUAUCAAAGAAUUAUGACAUUCAAGGUUUUAACAAGUGGCGUGAUCCAAUCAAACCAACAGCAAUACUACAGCGAUUAUGUAAAGACCUAAAAUUAGAUGGUCCUCAUUUUACUCCUGGCAAAUGUCGUGUGGAAAAAUGGGUGUUUUGCGCAAAAGACCAUAUUUUGGACGAUAAUGGUAAUCCUAAACAGUCAGAUGAACCCAGUGCAUUAAAAGCACUUCAUAAUUUUCAAAUGAUUGAGGGUAAAGGUUAUGUACUUGUUCCUGAGCAUGUUGAAACAAGGUCCUUACUUAAAUCAGACAUUCCAGGUAUAGAGCAGGGUCGAAUUCAGCUGUGGAUUGAUUUGUUUAGCAUGGAAGGACCGGCUCCAGGUGCACCUAUUGAUAUUACUCCAAGGAAACCUAUUUCGUACGAGCUUCGAUGUAUAAUCUGGAAUACUGAAGAUGUUAUUCUUGGAGAUAUCAAUAUUUUGACAGGCCAACCGUGUGCAGAUAUAUAUGUAAAAGGUUGGAUUGAGGGUUUGAAGAAUAACUCCCAGUCAACUGAUGUACACACUAGUAGUUUGACUGGUGAAGGCAAUUUUAAUUGGAGGUUUAUUUUUCCUUUUAAAUUCUACAAAGCUGAAGAAAGAGUGGUUAUUCUUAAAAAGGCAUCUUUAUUUUCAUGGGAUAUGUCAGAGGAAAAAGUUCCAGCAAGAUUGGUUUUGCAAUGCUGGGAUUCGGACACUUUAUCUUCAGAUGAUUUUAUUGGUGAUCUUACAUUGAAUCUUACUAACAUACCUCGUCCAUCUAAAACCUCAGUGCAAUGCAACUUGGAAAUUAUGAACAAUGAAAAUAGAGAUUCUAUUUUUAAGAAGAAAUUGAUUAAAGGUUGGUGGCCGUUUAUAAUUGAUACUGAAGAAUCUGAUCCUGAACUUGUAGGUAAAGUUGAAGUUCAGUUGGAAUUACUCACUGAGGUUGAAGCUGCUGCGGAACCUGCUGGAUUAGGUCGUAAGGAACCACAACCUCUACCUUUUCCAAACCGACCCGAUGUAGCGAUGCAGUGGAUGGCAAAUCCUCUAAAAGCAUUGAGGUAUUUUUUAUGGGAACAAUAUAAGUUUUGCUUUGGAAAAUUUGUCAUCAUUGGUGUCAUUUUAGCUAUUAUGGGCCUUUUUAUGUACACGAUGCCUGAUGCUGUUGUCGGCAAGUUAUUCGGUGGUGCUUAGUACGAAGUGCUAAAUAUGUUAGCUGAAUGUUAUUUGGUAGUGGGAGCUAAUACAGAUACAAUAUAUAUUGUUGGCAACAUAUUUGGUAAUGUUACUUUGCAUGGAGUCAUAUCAUAUGUUGUAUGAGUGGAAAUCGGUAGCGCAUAACACAAAGUCAUUGCAGAUGUUGCUUAAAAUUAUGCUAGUGCCUAAUACAACUAAAAUAUAUGGAUUGUUUUGCAGUAGUGGUAGCGCUAUUUUAAAAUGAACUGCAUCGAAUCUAUACAAUUAGGAUUGUUACUUGUGAUUCCCAUAAUUCAGUUUGAUUAUUAGCACGCAGACAUCUUUAGAAAAUUUCUAAAGCAUAAAGGAGAAAUUACCUCUUCAAAGUUUCUACUACCCUUUGAAAGAUUGUUUUGUAUCGAUUAUGUAUACUUAAUUUUUAACUGAUUAAUACUUAAAGUAAAUUAAAACGUUGUGAUUAA